CGCACCCGUUGCGGCCUGCGUGCACUGCAUCCGGCGCGGCCCGGUCCACCGCGGCGGGAGGAGUAGAGUAGGCCUCUGCCGACGAGGGUGCGCUGCUUGCUGGGAGCCUGGGAGUGUGCAGGAGAUGGCCUUCGCCGUCACGCUCACGCCGCUUCGGGCAACUGCUGUCCUUGCCGGAUGGAGGCGGCGCCCAGGGGUGACUCCUCCGCGGUUCGCCGUAGUCCUGGCGACGUCUACCGGAGUCGGCGGCGAACGGACCCCGCCGACGUUCAGGCGCCUAAGGGAGGAGCUCCUCCAGCUCCACGCCGAAGCCGACCUCACCCAAUCCAAAGGUUUAUGCAUCCGGGGGCUCAAGUUGGAUACUCGACAGCGGGUGCACAAACCACAUGACAGGGGAGAAGAAGAUGUUCUCCUCAUAUGAGAAAAACCAAGAUCCCCAACGAGCUAUCACAUUCGGGGAUGGAAAUCAAGGUUUGGUCAAAGGAUUGGGUAAAAUUGCUAUAUCACCUGACCAUACUAUUUCCAAUGUUUUUCUUGUAGAUUCUUUAGAUUACAAUUUGCUUUCCGUAUCCCAAUUAUGUCAAAUGGGCUACAAUUGUCUAUUUACUGAUGUAGGUGUUACUGUCUUUAGAAGAAGUGAUGAUUCAAUAGCAUUCAAGGGAGUGUUAGAGGGUCAGCUAUACUUGGUAGAUUUUGAUAGAGCUGAACUCGACACUUGCUUGGUUGCUAAGACUAACUUGAGUUGGCUCUGGCACCGCCGACUAGCCCAUGUUGGAAUGAAGAAUCUUCACAAGCUUCUAAAGGGAGAGCACAUUUUAGGACUAACAAAUGUACAUUUUGAGAAAAAAGGAUUUGUAGCGCAUGCCAAGCCGGGAAACAAGUUGGGACUCAUCAUCCACACAAGAACAUCAUGACUAGUGACAGGCCACUGGAGCUCCUACACAUGGACCUAUUCGGCCCGAUCGCUUACAUAAGCAUCGGCGGAAGUAAAUACUGUCUAGUUAUUGUGGAUGAUUAUUCUCGCUUCACUUGGGUAUUCUUUUUACAGAAAAAAUCUCAAACCCAAGAGACCUUAAAGGGAUUCUUGAGACGGGCUCAAAAUGAGUUCGACUUAAGGAUCAAGAAAAUUCGAAGCGACAAUGGGACGGAGUUCAAAAACUCACAAAUAGAAGACUUUCUUGAGGAGGAGGGCAUCAAGCAUGAGUUCUCUUCUCCCUACACACCUCAACAAAAUGGUGUAGUGGAGAGGAAGAAUCGAACUCUAUUGGACAUGGCAAGGACCAUGCUUGAUGAGUACAAGACUUCGGAUCGGUUUUGGGCCGAGGCGGUCAACACCGCCUGCUACGCCAUCAACCGGUUAUAUCUUCACCGAAUCCUCAAGAAGACAUCCUAUGAACUCCUAACCGGUAAAAAGCCAAAUAUUUCAUAUUUUAGAGUUUUUGGUAGCAAAUGUUUUAUUCUUGUUAAAAGAGGUAGAAAAUCUAAAUUUGCUCCUAAAACUGUAGAAGGCUUGUUACUAGGAUAUGACUCAAACACAAGGGCAUAUAGAGUCUUUAACAAGUCCUCAGGACUUGUUGAAGUUUCUUGUGACGUUGUGUUUGAUGAGACUAAUGGCUCUCAAGUAGAGCAAGUUGAUCUUGAUGAGACAGGUGAAGAACAGACUCCGUGCAUAGCGCUAAGGAACAUGUCCAUUGGGGAUGUGUGUCCUAAGGAAUCCAAAGAGCCUCCACAUGCACAAGAUCAACUGUCCUCCUCCACGCAAGCAUCUCCACCAACUCAAAAUGAGGAUGAGGCUCAAGUUGAUGAAGGGCAAGAUCAAGAAGAUGAGCCACCUCAUGAUGAUGGCAAUAAUCAAGGGGGAGAUGCAAAUGAUCAAGAAAAGGAGGAUGAGCAAGAACCAAGGCCGUCACACCCAAGAGUCCACCAAGCAAUACAACGAGAUCACCCCGUCGACACCAUCCUCGGCGACAUUCAUAAGGGGGUAACUACUAGAUCUCGUGUUGCACAUUUUUGUGAACAUUACUCGUUUGUUUCCUCUAUUGAGCCACACAGGGUAGAGGAAGCACUACAAGAUUCGGAUUGGGUGGUGGCGAUGCAAGAGGAGCUCAACAACUUCACUAGAAAUGAGGUAUGACAUUUAGUUCCACGUCCUAAUCAAAAUGUUGUAGGAACCAAAUGGGUUUUCCGCAACAAGCAAGAUGAGCAUGGUGUGGUGACAAGGAACAAAGCACGACUUGUGGCCAAGGGAUACUCCCAAGUCGAAGGUUUGGAUUUCGGUGAAACCUAUGCACCCGUAGCUAGGCUUGAGUCAAUUCGCAUAUUAUUGGCCUAUGCUACUUACCAUGGCUUUAAGCUUUAUCAAAUGGACGUGAAAAGUGCUUUCCUCAAUGGACCAAUCAAGGAAGAGGUCUAUGUUGAGCAACCUCCCGGCUUUGAAGAUAGUGAGUACCCUAACCAUGUCUAUAAGCUCUCUAAGGCGCUUUAUGGGCUCAAGCAAGCCCCAAGAGCAUGGUAUGAAUGCCUUAGAGAUUUCCUUAUUGCUAAUGGCUUCAAAGUCGAAAAGGCCGAUCCUACGCUCUUUACCAAAACACUUGAGAAUGAUUUGUUUGUAUGUCAAAUCUAUGUUGAUGAUAUUAUAUUUGGGUCUACUAACGAAUCUACUUGUGAAGAGUUUAGUAGGAUCAUGACACAAAAGUUCGAGAUGUCUAUGAUGGGGGAGUUGAAGUACUUUCUAGGAUUUCAAGUGAAACAACUCCAAGAGGGCACCUUCCUAAGCCAAACCAAGUACACUCAAGAUAUUCUAAGCAAGUUUGGAAUGAAGGAUGCCAAACUCAUCAAGACACCCAUGGGAACCAACGGGCAUCUCGACCUCGACACGGGAGCAAAUAGCGAGAGGGUAAGACUUGUGCGGUUGACUGAGGCGGCUGAGAAUCUUAAGAAGCGAGCUGCAACCAGUGUCCGAAUGGGCAAAGAGAGCGAGGCUGUGGAUUUACUUGUGCAGAAGAAGAAAUUGACCAAAGCCCUAGAGAACAUUAAAGAGCGCAUUGAGGUGCUUGACAUGCUUUCGGCAAAGAUUAGUGAGGUAAUUUCGAUGAAGCAAAACAUGUUAAUUGAGUAUGCCUUGCGUCCAGAGACAUCUAAUGGUGAAGACUCUGAUGACAAGAUAAGGGUUUUCUCCAGUACAGUCAAUGUUGGAACCAAUGGAGCUGGGAGUAGCGAUUCACACCCAAAAUCAGUUGAAAAGGAAUCUUUUGAGUUGAGAAAUGAGGCACAUGCAAUUGCAAGCAUGGCUGACGACGCUGAGCAAAGUGCACUUCAGAUGUCUGAUAGCUUCUCAUUUUUGAACAAUAGUGACCCAGCAAACUACAUAAAGAAUCAUUCAGCAUACGAUGACCUUAUAGAGCAUAUUAAUUUGCAGAUGAAAUCAUUGGAAUAUGAAAUUGAACAGUUCAUCAAUUCCCAAUCAGUUGAAGAGGUGGGCAGUGAGAAGCAGAGAAGUGACAAGUGGCAAAGGUUAUCUGACAUACAGAUGCUUAUAAAGGAAACUAGAGAAAAGAUUGCGAGGAUUUUGGGUAUGAUAGUAGAAGAGACUGAAUCUGGGACUUAAGAUGAUAGCAAACUACAAAACAGUGAAUUAGUGUCAUCCAUCCACCAUCUUUUUCGUGGGUAGGUACCCAAGUUGACAAUGGCUUACCAGUAGUUGGAUCUUGCAAGUUGGUCCCAGUGCCAUAUUCCGCAGGACUACUCCGCCUAACAACUAGAGGGAAUGCGGGGUAACCUUCUUCUCUGGAUGGAAGCAUUUCGAUUUGUUGCUGUGCUGAGAUCGCAUUGUCGGCUAUGGAUAUACAGUACAGGUCGCACUUACUGAAAGCUUCUGAAGCCGAAAAAUCUUGACCGGAUGAGCUUGGUUGCCGACCAUAUCCAGGUCAUCCCUCUGCGUGCAUUUGCAUAGAGAAGGCUGCAGGCCUGCAGCCUAGAUAUUUCACGAGCACUUCAUAAUUUUCAAUGCCAUCCAAUGCUUCAAGCUUUCUGACAUGAGUGUGCAGAUGAUGAAAAACUCCAAGAUGGGUCUCUGUACCUACUAUACAACAAGAAGAAUCCAUGUACUAAAUGAGAAUGCGAGAUUGUUAAUUUGUUAUUAUAUGCUCCUUGAUAAUUUUUUUCUGGUUCUAUUUUGUUUCCUGAACCUUGCAUACCGCAUGUAUUAUGUUACUAGAAAUAGAACGUCUAUCAGCACAGCAGACAGCAGCUCCCUUUCACUGGA